UAACUUCUACAAAGAACCGCCAUUUUAGAGUUGAUUCACUACAUUUCAAAUAACCAGUGGCGCCACACACAACAAAAAAAACACUUCAGAUCUGUUUCACAAAAUAAAAAAAGAACAAUUACUGUAACUCUUCGUUUAUGCUCCCUUAGAGAACAAACUAAAAAACGCGAACCUAAACUAGAUGAAGUACUGUUAAAGCUUAACUUGUACUACAUUCUUUUUAAAAUCCAAUUUAGCAACCAAACCGUUUCAAAAUACAUGUGAUUGCCAACAAAUUCUCUGCCAUUAUCUUAAAUCUGGAACAUAAUCGGCGCAUCCUCCAGAACGGGCUUAUUCAUUUUUUAUUGGAAUUUUACCAAACCCCAAUAAUACCCUACAUUAUUUGCUAGUUAAAUAUAAUAAUGAAAUCUGUAAGAAUGCUGUUAAUCUUUAAAAACUGCAAGAGAGACAGAUUUAUAUUUGUUUUUUUGUGGAACAUGAUUUGAAAGUGAAAGCGAUCGCUAUCUACUUAAAAAAAUCAAAAGUUUUCUCGUAUUAAAUUCAUUUUAGUCAAACAAGAACAUGUCCAAUUUGGCAACUCAGGAUGCAGAUGCCAAUUAUAGGAGUCCCGUUCCUGUUUCAGUACAAAACGCGUGGUGACUCUCAUAAGUUCAUCGUUUGUUCAUUUGUAUAAGAAAAACGAAAAAUGGCUUCAGUGCGCCUGCGAUACGUGCCUGUUAUAUUUGUGAUUCUCCAGGCUGUUUCGGCACAGCAGGCUUAUGAAGCCAGAAACAAUCUAAAUUGCUCGAACACACAAGAUAUAAAUUACGGGUAUGAGUGCAAUGGAGAAGCAAGUUCAUGCCAGGCUUACGCAGUGUACAGAUCGCAGACGGGUUACCAGACCCUCGCUAACAUCAGCACCCUCCUUAAUGCUAAUCAAUCACAAAUGGCCACCAUCAACAAUUUCUCGCACAAUCAGAUUUUGGAAAUAAAUACAGCGGUUACAGUGCGUGUUGACUGUUCCUGCGCGGGGAAUUACUCACAGGCCAACGCAAGCUAUAGUGUCCAACCAAAUGAUUCUUAUUUCUCGAUAGCUAAUAAUACAUACCAGGGGCUAACUACCUGCCAGGCCCUUUCACAGCAAAAUUCUGUAGCUCCCACUGCUAUCCAGCCUGGAAUGAAAAUAUCAGUUCCCCUGCGGUGCGCCUGCCCAACGAAAACCCAGGCUGAGAACGGGACCAAAUACCUGCUAUCCUACACAGUCCAGUUUGGAAACAGCCUGUCCACCAUUAGUGAGCUGUAUAAUGUGACUCUACAGGAAAUCAGAGACGCCAACGGGUUAACGGGUAACGAUAUUUUCCCUUUCACAACGUUGCUGAUGCCUCUAACCUCUGCACCCACCUCUUCCCCACAGUCACCUCCACCACCGCCGCCGCCACCACCACCAAGAACCACCUCCGCUCCCACAGGGGGUGGAGGUUCCAAAACAGGGCAGCAUAUAGGCAUUGGCGUAGGCGUGGCGGCUGCAGCCAUGGUAAUGGCUCUGGCGGCAGGUGCCUGUAUUGUCCUAAAAAGAAGGAAGAAAAAGGCGCAAGAGCUACCUGAGAAGGUCCCGGAUUCGACCCCAAGCCCUAGUAAGGCUAAAAACGCGGACCUGUUGGCGGGCAUGGCUGACAUGGGCCAUGUGCUGCCACAGUAUAAAUUCGAAGACCUGCAAUCCGCCACCGAGAAUUUCAGUGCAUCGAACAGAAUCACAGCGUCUGUUUACCGCGGCCUGCUCGGCAGUGAUGCUGCCCCUGUGGCAAUUAAGCAAAUGACAGGGGACAUCUCACAGGAGCUCAACAUUCUUAAAACGCUCAACCAUUUCAACCUGGUCCAGCUUAUCGGCCUCUGCAAAAGCGAGGGCCGUUUUUACCUGAUCUACGAGUACGCAGAACACGGCUCACUGGACCAUCUGCUGCACGGCCCCAGGGUCGAUACCGGGACGUCACAAAGCAGCUCAAUUUCUUCCUCCAUUUGCUUGAGCUGGAAGCAGCGAAUACAAAUUGCAUUGGACGUCGCGCACGGGCUCCAUUACUUGCACAACUACGCCAAUCCGCCUUACGUACACAAGGACAUUAAGAGCAGCCACAUUUUGCUGGACAGCAAUUACAGGGCCAAAAUCGCCAAUUUUGGCCUUGCAAAAUCCGCAGGGGAUUAUGCAUUAACCAGGCAUGUUGUAGGUACCAAGGGUUACAUGGCACCUGAAUAUCUUUCCAGUGGCCUCGUCACUCCAAAGCUGGAUGUCUUUUCUUUUGGGGUUGUUCUGCUGGAGCUCAUGUCUGGCCGAGGGGCUGUCUUGGAGGAUAAUAAUGGCGGUUUCCAGGCACAGUUGCUUUGGACAGAAAUUGGGGCAGUAGUUGGUGGAUCGAAUCCCCAGGAAAGCUUGAAGGGUUUUAUGGAUUCUAGUUUGAGAGAUACUUAUCCCUUGGAUAUGGCUCUGGCUGUGGCUCAGCUAGCUGCUAAGUGUGUCGACAGGGAUUUGAACGGCCGACCUGCAACUAUGGAUAUUGUAUUGAGUCUUUCCAAAUGGCUUUCUGCCAUGUUGGAUGCUGACUCUUUUGACAGUGAGGCUGCACUGCCUGGCCUAUAACCAAGCUUUUACUAGGUUUUCCUGCACCUGUCAGGGAUCACUGCACACUAAGGCGGUAUUUCCUUUUCCAGUGUAAAAUAUAACUAUUUUUACUGUAUAACAUUUCUAUGGUGUCCUAGAAAAAUUCUUUUGACAAUGAGUAAACAUAUAUUUUUGGCUUU